UAUCAUGAGAUACUUCGAAGUCCCACUCACGCCAGGUACGACACCUAUCAAGACUAUAGGGCACGGCGUAAGCAGGAGGAGUGGGAGCGGCGAGUCGCUCGGAUGACCAUACCAACUAAGGCUGGUUGGACGGCAGCUGAACUGAGCGCCUAUGAUGGACCGAAUGAUACGCCUAUCCUCAUUGGUGUGAAAGGCAAGGUGUACAAUGUGUGGACGAGGCCUGACUUUUACGGCCCUGGUGGAGGAUAUCAUGUAUUUGCUGGUCGCGACGCGUCUCGGUUGCUAGCUAAAGUAUACUGGAUGAGCGGACGACAACGGAGAGGUGUGUAG